GGUUUUUUUUGUGACGCUCAUGAAAAUUUUUCGCUUUCAGUUGUAAAAAUCGAGACGGGCGCGGCAGCCACUGUGUUCUUCCUCUUUCCUCCAAUCGACCAUGUCUGAACAAACCGAGAAGGCCUUCCAGAAGCAAGUUGGUAUUUUCCAAAACUCCAAGAUCCAGAAGCGCACCCAGCGUUGGUACAAGGAUGUCGGUAACGGCUUCAAGACUCCUAAGGAGGCCAAGUUCGGUACCUACAUCGACAAGAAGUGCCCUUGGGUUGGUGAAGUCAACAUCCAGGGUCGUAUCUUGACUGGUGUUGUUGUCUCCAACAAGAUGAAGCGCACCAUCGUCCUCCGUCGUGAUUACCUUCACUACGUUCCCAAGUACAACCGUUACGAAAAGCGUCACAAGAACAUCUCUGCUCACUUGUCCCCUGCUUUCGAUAACUUGGCUGUUGAGAGCGGUGACAUCGUUACCAUCGGUCAGUGCCGUCCCCUCUCCAAGACUGUCCGCUUCAACGUGCUCAAGGUCCAGAAGGCUAAGAGCACCAGCAAGGCCUUCCAGAAGUUCUAAGUCUCUUUUAGUUGGAAAUGACACAUUUGUGGAUAUUCAAUAAAAAGUAGAUUGAUCCAU